GUUUAUUGAUUUACUACAUGAAGCCCCCCUGUCUGGCCAUCGGGAGCCUAGAAGCAUAAUUGGUGGUACCUUGUACUGUAUCUUGUUGGUUUUGCUGCUGUUGCCAUUUCUGCUCCAUGGAUAUUUCUCUUCGCACCUGACAUGAUCCCUCCAUUACUAUGCAGCUCCAAUGUUAUCCUUCUUGUUCUAACAGGUUUUGUAUUAGAUCAGCCAGCUUGCUGUUUCUAUAGCUUCUUCUUUGGGUAUUCUAUCCACUGUUUAUUUGUUUCAUACUUUCAUGUUCUGUCUCUUGCUGUGAAUUUUGGUUCACAUGAAACUCAAUGCAGGUAUUUUUCAACAGUAUUGGGUUCACCAGGUCAGGAAAGUGAGAUUACAGGUUCACAGUACAAAGAUUUGUCAUGCCAUUCUAUUUAAUGAAUUUCAUUUCUGGGUUUUUUAUGGAUGUACAUGUAAUGAUUAGCAUAUAUUCAGACUCAUCAAUGUCAACUGUGAAGUGUCAGACUUUCAUGCAUGAACUACAUUAGGGGAUUCAGUAUAACAAUUUAUCAUUUAGCUUCUGGUUAACAAAUUUUGGAUGAAGAAUUACUUCCUCCAGAUAGUUCUCAAUCACUCUACUGCAUGAUUUCAGUAACUUCCCUUUCUAACUUUUAGUGUUUAUUCUGAGUUAAAUUUUGCAUAUCAACUAGUGUAUUAUGGUUUUGACAUGCAGGGCUAUUACGAUUUUAGCCAGAAACUGAAGAAUAUUGCUCGACUUCCAUUUGCCACUAUUGCAUGCGGCACUGCUUUGAUGCUCUUAAUCAUGGUCUGGCAACCUCUUGUACAUGUCCUAUCGGUUUCGUUGCUCCUAAGGAUUGCCAUUGUUGUUGAAGUCGCAUGUGCUGGAUGUUUUAUGAGCUUGUACAUAUGGCAUAUCCACAAAUACAAUUCUUUAGAUGGGCGACCUGACAUGUUGCGGUCAUUAUAUUCUGCACUCCGGCCAUCUAGUACGUCGGAAGAUCGAAGAUAUUAUGAUGGCCGUCUUUCUGACCAGCAGAUGGCAUUACUUCAGUACCAAAGGGAGAAUAUUCAUUAUCUGAGUGAAGAGGUGCUCCGCUUGCAAGAAUGCUUGAGCAAAUACCAGAGAACUGAUGCUGGGGUCAGUCCUCAGGUUGAUCUUGUCCAUCUUUUAGCAUCUCGUGAUCAAGAACUUCGAGCACUCACCGCCGAGAUGAAUCAAGUGCAUUCUGAGCUUCAACUUGCUCGUGGUUUGAUUGAUGAGAAGGACUCAGAGAUCCAGCGCAUUCGUGUGAGCAACAAUCAGUAUGUUGAAGAAAAUGAUAGACUCAGGGCUAUUCUUGGUGAAUGGAGUGCUCGAACAGCAAAGCUGGAACGGGCGUUGGAGGUAGAGCGAGUGUCAAACAUCGAAUUGUGGAAGAAUAUCGCAAAGUUUAGGGGUCAUUUGUACAAGGAGCAAGAAACCUGAUUUUCCCUGUUUUAGGAGUGUUUUACCUCUUUGGUGUGUUGUAGCUGGUUUCACAAAUUCGCAUCAACAACUGAAGACGUAAUCUGGACAACUGACCAAAGCUAACCAUCCCAUGUGACAUAUUGGAAUUCCAGGCAAUCAGCACAUGCUGUGGAUAGAAGAAUAGCAACUCUAUCUGGAUUCAUUAGAAUCAAAACAGAGUACAAUACCAGCGCAUGGUUGUCCAAUGAUGCUAUGCAUCAGGAAAAGUUAAAAAAAAAAAACUUAUGAAAUUUGUAGAAUGCGUAGUUUGAUGUACAGUUCUUAAUAGGUUUGGUUAUGGAGUAUGGGAUUGCUGUAGUUAAACACUAACCUAGUUUGAGUUCAUGCGUUCUGUGAUUUUUUUUUUUUUUUUGGAACGGAAAUGUGUUCUGUGAUUUUUUUUAACGGAAAUGUGUUCUGUGAUUGUCUUU